CUGGGUUAACUUACACGGAAUUGAAUAUCCCCUGAGAGAUUCCUUUGGAUUCGGAAAUUCCUCGAGCUCUUUAAAUUCUUUGUAAGAAUGGUGUUGUUGGAUUACUGAGCAACAGUCCACAGGAUGUCUUGUAUCACGCAUUCUUUGAAAAGUUCUGCUUUGAACAACAUCAUCUUUGCAGGUGUGGCCUUUUCAGCUGUUGGAUAUGCAGAAUAUGUGCUGACCAUCUUAAAUAUCUAUUUUCCUGUCGAAUAUCCUGAAACAUAUACUAGUCAGAUGAGUUCUCGAGUGAGCGAUGCACUUUUAGUAGGAGCUAUCGUAGGACAACUUGUUCUUGGGAUAGUAAGUGAUAGAGUCGGAAGAGAAAUCGGUCUUGUUAUCACCACAAUUUUAACCAUUGUUGGAACUUUACUCUGUGCUGGUGCCUAUGGAUAUCAUAAUUCCACCAAUGGUAUGUUCUGGGCUCUAGUUGUAUACAGAGGAAUUGUUGGGGUUGGAAUUGGUGGAGAGUAUCCCUGUGCAACUACUAAUGCAAGCGAAGCUACGGAAGAAAGAAAUUACAACAAGAGAGGUCUUUAUGUCUGCCUAGUAUCCAAUGUUUCUUUCGUAUUUGGAGGAAUCACUUGUAUGCUUGCUCAGCUGGUUUUAUUCAAAAUAUUCGGUAUCGAAAAUAUGGAACCAAUCUGGAGAAUAUCCUUUGGACUGGGAGUCAUUCCAAUGCUUACUGUCUUUUACUUUCGUUUAAAGAUGUUCAACUCCAAAAAGUACUCAGAAGAAGCCAUUCUCAAAGAUCCUCCAUAUUUAUUGGUCUUGAAAGAAUAUGCAUUUCGCCUAGUUGGAACGUGUGGUUCGUGGUUUGUAUACGAUUUUGUUGCUUUUUCAAAUGGAAUCUUCGGGGGGACACUUGUCAAACAGCUCAUUCAUGCCGAUACGAUAUAUUCAGUACUCUUCCAAGCAACUUAUUACACAAUAAUACUGGCUUUGUUUGGCAUUCCUGGUGCACUUGUUGGGACUCUCACUAUCGAUCAUUUGGGAAGAAAAAUGCAACAAAUCAUCGGGUUUGUAGGAAGCGCCAUUUUUGCAAUCAUCAUAGGGGCAGCUUAUCCACAAGUGAAGUCUUCUGUCGGUGCUUUCAUCACGUUAUAUGGCAUAUUUAACUUUUUUGGAAAUUUCGGUGCAGGCUGUGCUCUGGGUCUAAUACCAGCGGAAAUCUAUCCUACUGCAGUAAGAGCAACAUGUUAUGGAAUUUCUGCUGCUGUUGGCAAAGCAGGAGGUGCUAUAGGAACUCAAGUAUUUCGACCCAUCAUGGAUAGCUUUGGUGGUGAAGACUCUAUCAAUGGUCCUCGUGCUGUAUUCAUUAUCAGUGGAGGUUUGUCGCUAUUAGGUGCCAUCAUUACGUGGUUCUUCAUUCCAGAAUUCAAACGCAUCUCGUUGGAUAAUGAAGAUGAAAGGUUCCGUGCACUUCUGAGACAACGAGGCUUUCCUAUGGAACGCAUUGGAACCAGCAAGAACAAAAGCAAUGCGAUGGAAGACGAGCUGACUUGUUCUGAAAAGGAGUCUUAGCUUAUUUAGACGCUUCAAGAAAGUGGUCUACUGUAAC